AAGAAACGUGUUACUAGAAGUUACGCAAAAAGACAUGGCGUCAUCAUCUCCACCAGAAACCCUAAACCCCUCUUCCACAGAAACUUCCGAUCAAAUGACCCUCCCAUCAUCGGAAACCACCGCUGCCGCAGGCGAGAACAACAACGGAAACAACCAAGGAGAGAAGAGAAAGAGAGAGGAGGAGGAGGAAGAGACUGAACAACGACUAAAAGCAAAACAAGAAUCAGAAACAGAGCAAACAAAAACUGAACCCUCGGAAAACCAGUAUUACAAAACCUCACUGUGUUCAUAUUUCAGGCGGCAUUCAAAAUCUUGUAGCCACGGGAGUGAGUGUAAGUACGCACAUGGUGAAGAAGAGCUCAGAGUUAGACCUGAUAAUACAUGGGACCCAACAUCACAGAGGGUAAGAAAGGAUGUAUUUUUGGAAUUGGAGAUUGAUGAUACUGAUAUUAUACCCAAUGAAGAGGUUAUGAUGACUGAAAUGAUUGGUGCUGAAGGAGGCUGUUUGAAUCCUGAACUUAGUAAAUGCUUAGUGCAUCUUCCUAGGAAGUGGAAUUCUGAGUAUUUAAAGGACUUCCUCGACGAGCAAGGUGUUGUUUUCAAAUGGGCUAAGAAAAAGAAAGGAAUGUCUGUAGGUUUUGUGACUUUUGAGACAACUGACCUAUUGGAGAAGGCAACUGAGGAGCUGGAAGGAAAAUCCGUUGGCAGUAAGAAAUUAAAGGUUGCUGAUGUUAUUCCCAGAUCAUAUGACAAGAACAUAAAAUCAGCCAUGGCUCAACCGCAGAAUGCUGCACGGAAAGUUGAAUCCUCAUUAGAUGGGGAAAAUGCAGAUGUUACUGAGGAUGGUGAUGCAAAUCACGACGGUUCAACAUUAGAUGGUUCAAGCUCCAAGUCAAAAACUGUUCGGGAUGCCGUGACUCCCCUUGCUCAUAUGCCUUAUGAAGACCAGCUGGAGCAUAAGAAGAACUCUAUAAUGCAAAUGCUCAAAAAACUGACUAGAAAUGCACGUAAAGCAUGUCCGAAUGGUGUUUCUUUGCCAGAAUGGGUUCUGAAGGCUAGAGAAAUAGGUGGUCUUGCAUGCAACCUUGAGGGUAUACUUGCAUCUCCUCUUGUGAAUGGAUACCGUAAUAAGUGCGAGUUUUCAGUUGGAUAUUCUCUUCAGGGGAAACCUAUUGUUGGGUUUAUGCUGGGAAACUUUAGAGAUGGAGUAACAGCUGUAGAAGAACCUGUGGACUGCCCAAAUGUCUCUACCAUUGCUAGCAAGUAUGCUUUCAUAUUUCAGGAAUUUCUCCAAGAAUCACGCUUGCCACUUUGGAACAGAUUUAAAAAUUCUGGAUUCUGGCGUCAAUUAACAGUCCGAGAAGGAAGAUUACCGGCGAAAGAUGCUGAUAUCACAAAUGAUGUCAGCGUAUCGGAGGUCAUGCUUAUUGUUCAGGUAUGCUUAGCUGGCUUUGACGAUGAACUGGUAAACAGUGAACUCGGGAGUCUGGCUCAUGCAUUUGCUGCUGGAGCUGCUGCGAACUCUCCACCAUUGCCUUUGACAGUUAUUGUUCUUCAGGAUCACCAAGGAAUAUCAAAUGUGGCACCAGCUGAUGCUCCAUUGAGAAUUAUACCCCUUCUAAAUGCCGGAACUACAUCUGAAGCAGAGGCAACCAAGAACGUUGUUGAAGCGAGAAUUCAUGAUUAUAUAAACAAUCUUUGCUUUUCCAUAUCACCUACUGCAUUUUUCCAGGUUAAUACAUUUGCUGCAGAGAGACUCUAUUCUCUUGCUGGAGAUUGGGCUGCCUUGGGUCCUGACACCUUGCUGUUUGAUAUAUGCUGUGGGACUGGAACAAUUGGGCUCACUUUAGCUCAUCGUGUUGGAAUGGUUGUCGGCAUUGAAAUGAAUGCUUCUGCAGUUUCAGAUGCUCAAAGGAAUGCUGAAACUAAUGGCAUAAAAAACUGUAGAUUUGUUUGUGCAAAGGCAGAGAGUGUGAUGGCGUCUCUAUUGAAUGAGUACCUGAAUGGGCCGCAGAAGCAAGAUGAGUUAUCAAACGCAUGUGAAACCAGUGACAAGGAAGUUACUGCCAGCACAGAUAAAGAUACUCCCGUGGAUAAUGUGGUAGAUACUACUGAGAUAGAUAUUAGUGAGGUAGAUACUAAUGACAACUCAAGCCACAAGCUUGGUAACGGUAAGGGUGAUUCUGUGGGUUCAGAAAAUUAUGGACAAGAACACCAAAGCCAGCCUAUGGAAAUUUGUGCCUCGGGAGAUGGGACUCCCUCUUUGAUGCAGUACAAAAAUGUUGUUGCCAUAGUCGAUCCUCCCCGUAAUGGCCUUCAUCCCACUGUGAUCAAAGCUCUGAGAACUCAUUCAGGUCUACGGCGACUAGUUUAUAUUUCCUGCAAUCCUGAAACCUUAGUAGCAAAUGCUAUUGAGUUGUGCACACCAUCACCUGACAAAAUAGAGAAAGGAAAUAAAAAUAACCGGGGAUGGAGGAACAUGAGCAGCGCUGGUUUGGCACGCCAUAGAGCCAAGUCGAUGCCGAUUUCAGAGGCAUUUCAUCCGGUAAAAGCUAUGGCUGUUGAUCUUUUUCCACAUACUACUCACUGCGAAAUGGUGAUGCUCCUCGAAAGAUAAAAAUGAACAUUCUCAAAAUCUUGUAAGUUCUGUUAUUCCUAAUGAAAACUGCAAAUUGUCAUCUAUAUUCACAAUUUUGACUGGCAUAUUUAAUCUGUUUCAUUUCUUGAUC